AGGCGGGGGGGGGGAAAUUGAGUGGGAACUGCCACCGCGGCCUUGGCUCCCCGUCUUGUUCCGAGUUGGGGUCCUCCUUCGCCCUCUCACCCCACCCCACCCCACCCCACUCCGCUUCCGUGGGAAUGAAGGCUGCUCCUGGCGUCCCUUCGGUCCUGCUGGGCCCCUCUUGUCCCUGGGCCUCCCCCUCCCCCGGGAAGACCCGGCUCCCCAUCUCAGUUUUUCACUCCCGGGAGGUUCCCUUCCUUCCCCUCAUGAAGGCGAACUGACUUCCGCUGGCCUACCUCGGACCUUUUCCUUUCAGGAAGUUUUCAGAUUUGUUUAAAUGGCUUAAUCUUAUUUUCUAAGGGGUGUUUGCUUGUUUGCUCUUUGAGGGGGGGAGAAAUAGAGUUUAGAUGAGGUUUCGCUAUAGGGGUGGCGAAGCGGCAGGCGAGCUCCGAAUUAGGGACGAGGUUGCUGGGAAACUGGACUCGGCAGCGGGAUGAUGUGUCUUCUUCGCACCCCUGAGAUCAAGAAGCUCUUUGAGGCAAAUCAAGAUUGGAUCUCUGCCAUAACCCACACUGGUAUGUCUUUGAAUAUCCGGCAACCUAAAGCCUGAUUUCAUCUCCCAGCCCAGAUUGUGCUGAGAAAAGAUGCCCGACCGUGAUAACACCUAUAACGGCAGUGGCAGCGAUGAGGCAAGUGCGAACUCCGAUGACAUCUGCCGAGACUUCUUGCGCAACGUCUGCAAGCGAGGCAAGCGCUGCCGCUUCCGCCACCCAGACAUCAAUGAGGUGACGAACCUGGGCGUGAGCAAGAAUGAGUUCAUCUUCUGCCACGACUUCCAGAACAAGGAGUGCGUCCGUAUCAACUGCCGCUUCAUCCAUGGCACCAAAGAAGACGAGGACUGUUACAAAAAGACUGGGGAGCUUCCUCCACGUCUCCGCCAGAAAGUGGCCGCUGGGCUCGGCCUUUCCCCGGCGGAUCUGCCCAACAGCAAGGAGGAGGUCCCUAUCUGUAGGGACUUUCUCAAGGGAGAUUGCCAGCGUGGGGCCAAGUGUAAGUUUCAGCACCUGCAGCGGGAUUAUGAGUAUGAUGCCCGAGGGCUGCCCGCCCGAGAACAGGGCAUCACGACUCCGGUACGUCGAUACGACUCCUAUGACCCCAUGUACGACUCUGACCGAUGCUAUGACGACCAUGACCCUGUCCUUAAGCGGCGGCGGGUGGACGGCCUUCAUUUUGAGACUUAUGAGUACAACUUUACUAGCCCCCGUACCGUGGAGUACCGGCUCUUGGAGGAGGAGAACUUAAUGCUUCGCAAACGUGUGGAGGACCUCAAGAAGCAGGUGAACAACCUCCUGGCGACAAACGAAGUCCUCUUGGAACAGAACGCCCAGUUCCGCAAUCAAGCCAAGGUGAUGACUCUCAGCUCCACAGCUACAGCCACUGAGCAGACUCUGGCUCCCACCGUUGGCACAGUUACCAACUACAAUCAUAGCAUUGCCCAGACUCACACCACCCUGAGCAGCCAAGCUCUACAGCCACGGCCUGUCACCCAGCAGGAUUUGGUAGCACCAGCAGGAGCGCAGGCAGCACCCCCCAGCAACGCAGCGCCUCCAAUGAACCCUGAGAUCACCCCAUUGUCGGCAGCUCUGGCACAAACCAUUGCCCAAGGCAUGGCUCCGCCUGUCUCCAUGGCACCCGUGGCUGUAUCGGUAGCUCCUGUGGCUGUAUCCAUGGCUCAGCCGCUGGGGGGCAUCACCAUGAGUCAUGCCACAACGCCCAUGGUGACAUACCCCAUUGCCUCCCAGAGUAUGAGGAUAACAGCCAUGCCUCACUAGCUCACUUCCAAGGGGAGUGUUUUCUCGUUCAGCCUGUGCUAUCCCCAGCUCAAGGGAGAACACUGCUAGGAUCCAUUUUUGUCCUUUUGAAGGGUCAGGAAAAGAGAAUGGAACUUGUGUGGAUUUGUAAGCCACUAACAAUUCUCAUCUCUUACAAGGGGAAGGACUCUAGCUUGGGUUGGCGAUUCAUCCCAGGCAGGCAUCUGUGGUUUCCUCCCGCCUCAAAAAUGGCAGCAGGACUCAGGGAUUGUGGAACUCACAAAAGCAAUUUGGAGAGUGCAGUAAUCUUAUAGCCUUUGUAUGUAUCCUGUAUCUAUUUUGCAGCCUGUCCAUCCUCAUGUAGUAACCCAAAAAUCCCUUUGAAUCUCGAAACAGAGUGGAAUUGCCCCAUCUAAGGAAGCUUAUGCAAAUACACAUGGAUUCCUGCGAUGGCUCAGAAAAAAAAAAAACAGAGCUCCCAUUCCCUGGCACUUGCCAAGGGAAUGGAGAGAGCAGAGACUUAAAUAGUAGUAGCUCUGCAAAUAGGAGAGACUGAGCUGGCCUGUGUCAAUGGUCUUUUUUAAAGGUGGGAACCCAGUCUCCUAGGUGUAACUUGGAAUAUUGAGUUGCAGCUUGAUCUCUGUUGCUGUGAUAAACAGAAAUCUGCCAGAAAUGUUUACAGGAAACCAAAUUAAAUCUAGCCAUUUCUUCUGGCUCAAUGAGGAUUGGAAAGUUGAGAUUUUAGCCAUGGAAAAAGCAGGUUCAACUUGCUUACCGUUAUUAAAGUUUGACCAUUGAUGUAGUAAAGGUGGUUUUAGGCAUACCUGAAGAUGGCAUCUUUCGUAUGGAUUUCCAAGCAGAUUAAUUUUUGGUUGACACUUGUGAAGGUCAUUGGCACUUUGGAGGGCCAGAAAAGUUAAUUUGUUUUCUCCUGCUCUCACACUCUUUCCAUGGGCGUCUUUACUGCCUGUAUAUCAUGUCCAAAUUGCUCUUGUCUCAAGGACUUUGCUGUUAUAGGGAUUUAUCUGCUGCCCAUUACAGUUUGUUACACAGCACAUCACCAUUUUUUAAAAAAUAAGAAAUCUCUGUUUUUGUUUGGUUUUGGUUUCUUCUUGAUUUUUUUCUUGUUCUGUUGAUGUGAACUUCAGCUCCUCCUUAAAUCUGAGAGCCGCUUUUGUGUCUGUUGUGUAACAUGAACCAUUUUUAUUAGAAAGUUUUAAAGAAAAUGAGGGGGAAAUGCAUCAUGAUCCUGCUGUUUCUAUAGUUAACAGUGUAAAUGUUUUUCAGCUAUUAAAACAAAUGUACAGUCCUCACACAUGUCCAGUGCUGACAUGAUGUAAUAUAUGUAUUUUUAAAGUGCUUCUUUUUUC